AUCCCCUUCCUCCAACCAACUCGAUAAAGUGAGCCACGGGUAGAUAGAAAUCCAACGAGAAACAGAUUUUCAGCAGAUAGAAGAAGCAGCAGAGCGAGAGAGAGGGAACGUUUACAGUUAUAGAGCUUGCAUAUGGAGGCCAUACAGUUCUCGACCGUUGCCUCCCGCCAUUUCUCCUCCUCCUGUCUCUCGAAAAACAACAAUCACAGAAACUUAAGCCUCUCGAAAUGCUCGAGAACUUCAUCUGAAAUUCGUUCUUCGUGGACUGGUUCCAGCAGUUUUUCUUCGCUUUCUGCUAGAAAUUUGUUCGCUAGGGAGCUGUGGAGUUGGGUGAAUUGUAAGAGUGUUGUUCUCAAAAGAGACGUUCGAGGUGUUGUUAAAGCAGAAAUGUUUGGGCAGUUAACAAGCGGCCUUGAAGCAGCUUGGAGCAAGCUCAAAGGAGAAGAGGUUUUGACCAAGGAGAAUAUUGCUGAGCCUAUGAGGGAUAUCAGAAGAGCUCUUCUAGAAGCAGAUGUGAGCCUUCCUGUUGUAAGAAGGUUUGUACAAUCAGUAAGUGACCAAGCAGUCGGUGUUGGUGUCAUAAGAGGAGUGAAACCUGAUCAGCAGUUGGUCAAGAUUGUAAAUGAUGAGCUUGUGAAAUUGAUGGGGGGAGAGGUGUCUGAACUGGUUUUUGCAAAAUCUGGCCCCACUGUUAUAUUACUGGCUGGUUUACAAGGAGUUGGGAAAACUACAGUUUGUGCAAAGUUGGCUAAUUAUCUUAAGAAACAGGGGAAGUCAUGCAUGCUUGUUGCUGGAGAUGUGUAUAGACCUGCUGCUAUCGACCAACUCAUGAUUUUGGGUGAACAGGUGGGUGUGCCUGUUUAUGCGGAGGGUACAGAGGUUAAACCUUCAGAAAUAGCUAAAAGAGGCUUAGAGGAGGCCAAAAAGAAAAAAAUAGAUGUGGUCAUAGUAGACACUGCAGGAAGACUGCAGAUAGAUAAAGCAAUGAUGGAUGAGCUAAAAGAAGUUAAACGGGUAUUGAAUCCCACAGAAGUAUUGCUUGUUGUGGAUGCGAUGACUGGCCAAGAAGCUGCAGUGUUAGUAUCAACCUUCAAUAUUGAAAUUGGAAUUACGGGUGCAAUUUUGACAAAGCUCGAUGGUGAUUCUCGAGGUGGUGCAGCCUUGAGCGUUAAGGAGGUAUCAGGGAAGCCAAUUAAACUUGUUGGACGAGGAGAGCGUAUGGAGGAUCUUGAACCUUUCUACCCUGAUCGUAUGGCUGGGCGCAUUCUAGGAAUGGGAGAUGUUCUUUCAUUUGUAGAGAAGGCACAAGAAGUUAUGCAACAAGAAGAUGCUGAAGAAUUGCAAAAGAAGAUAAUGAGUGCUAAGUUUGACUUUAAUGAUUUCCUAAAGCAAACUCGUGCUGUUGCACGUAUGGGUUCAAUGACUCGUGUCAUAGGGAUGAUACCAGGAAUGGGGAAGGUUACUCCUGCACAAAUUCGAGAAGCUGAGAAGAGUUUAAAGAUAAUGGAAGCAAUGAUUGAAGCAAUGACUCCUGAGGAAAGAGAAAAGCCUGAGCUGUUGGCUGAAUCUCCUACCAGGAGGAAGAGAAUUGCUCAGGAUUCUGGGAAAACAGAGCAGCAGGUGAGUCAACUUGUUGCUCAACUCUUCCAAAUGCGUGUCCGUAUGAAGAAUCUAAUGGGUGUAAUGGAGGGUGGAUCUAUACCUGCUCUAAGCAAUCUUGAAGACUCACUUAAAGCUGAACAGAAGGCUCCUCCUGGUACUGCAAGGAGGAAAAGAAGGUCAGAAUCAAGGAGGCAGUUUGCUGACUCAGCAUCAUUGAGGCCAAGUCCUCGUGGUUUUGGGUCAAGAAAUUAGGAGCUUAAGAUGAUGGGCACUAGACGCAUGAUUUCAAGCCAAUGAAUCAUAGAUCUCAAAUUUGUUGCCUGCUCACAGAUAUCAUCUCACUUGCUAUGAAGGUAAGAGUAAAAAUGUGCUUUGAACUAUGAAAACUCAUUGUCUAUUAUCUCAUCCAGAAUGCAUUAAGACAAUGAUUUUUGCUAGUCAUGUAACAAGACACUCAGAAUUAAUGUCUAAGUUUUUUAGGAUUUCAAGUUUAUUAUCCAGAAACGAAAACAAUAGACUAAAAUCAUAUUGGCACUAUAUUCUCUACAUCACUGGAUAUCUGUAUCCAUUUCUAGUGCUUUUAUUUUUUUUUAAAGCGGUGUUUGGAUUGAAGGUUUUGAAAUA